GCCCUCCACACGUCCCAACUUAGUGUGCGAAUAACCAACACUCUGUUAAGAUGGUGCCUGUCCUGGGAUACUGGAAGACGCGGGCGCUCUGCCAGGCGAUUCGACUGAUGCUGAAGUACACGGGCACUGAGUACGAGGAGAAGUUCUACCCUGUCGGCGACGCCCCAGCUUACGACAAGAGUGAAUGGCUCUCCGUCAAGUUCAAGCUCGGCCUCGCUUUCCCAAAUCUGCCUUACUACAUCGACGGAGACGUAAAGAUAUCGCAGAGCAAAGCCAUCAUGCGCUACCUGGCACGGAAGCAUGACCUGUGUGGCACCACGCCGGAGGAAGUCAUCAGGACGGAUAUGCUCGAAUACCAGCUGGCAGACAUGCAAAACGCUUUCUUUGACGUCACCUACGAACACUACGAUCAGAAGGACUCCUACACCGCGUCCCUCCCCGCCAAGAUGAAACAGUACUCGGACUUCCUCGGCAGCAGGCCCUGGUUCGCCGGAGACAAGCUAACCUACAUCGACUUCCUGGCCUACGAGAUCUUCGACCAACACCUGUGCCUCGACAGGACGUGCCUCGACGGCCUCAAGAACCUCCAGGCUUUCCAGAAGAGGUUUGAAGAUCUCGAGCCCAUCAGGAAGUACAUGGCGUCCCCGGAUUUCAUCAGGACGCCGAUUUGCAACAAGUAUGCUCAGUUUACGAUCGCUGAGGGAAAAUGAAACGUAGAUGGCUUGGUUUAUGAAGAGGAAGAAAUAUGAAAUGGGGAGGAAGAUAUGAAAAGUAAAGAAAGAAAAUAUGAAAAACUGGGAUUAAGAACACUUUUUAUUUGUGAUGUUUUAUAAAAGUAAAAAAUAAGAUGAUU